CGAUUGAUAAUUGUAAUCAUACUCGUCUAGUUGCUACUGCAUUACUAGAAGAUGAAACAGAAAAGAGUUUUAUCUGGGCUCUUUAUAUGAUUAGCAAAUGUACUAGUGAUUUAGCAUCACGAGUAGUCUAUAUGGAUUUUGAUCCAGCAAUAGCAAAUGCGAUUUUAACAAAUAUGAUGGUUAUUGAUAUUUUCGAAAGUAGAUUUGAAUCUCUUAAAUUAAAAUAUAUAGUUGCUGCUAGUUAUAUUAAACGUCAACUUGAGCCUUUCAAAACAAAGUGGGCAAUUUGCUAUAUUAACAAUCAGUUUACUAAAAUUCAAGAUCUUCUUGACCGAGAAGCUAAGUAUGCUUGUGUUGAAGAGUAUAAACACCAAAUACUAGUAGUUGGACCUGCAAAUAUAUUAAAAACUCUUUUUAAAUCUUUAAAUACUAUUGCAAAUAAAUAUCUUAUAGAACCAGUAUUGAUAAAAGUUUGUAAACAAAUGGAAGAAUACUUUUAUUACGAUACACAUUUAGAUGAUAUUGUAAGUGACAGAGUACGUGAAGAUGAUUAUGAAUUAGUACAAAGUUUAUUAACAAAUAUUCUAAGAACGAUUAAAUGCUCUGAGAUUCUUGAAAUUUGGCGCAUUACUUUUUUAUGUGGAACUAAAUCUCAAUUCGUAAUCUUAAUCUCAGAUG